CCCCAAUGUGGGCAACCAUAAAUUCAACUUCUCGUAUUAUUGGUUGCUCAACGUUCAGAAACUUUUUACUAAUGUGAAACCAAUAGUUUCUCAAGAGCAGCCGAUGCACCUGUACCACCGGCUUAACCGUGAACCCUGCGGCUUCUUGUAGGUUGUAGAAAUGAGCGAAACUUGUCUUACGAUCCAGUCAGUAGUUGACUCGCUUGGUCACAAGCUCUGGGUAAACAACAAACAAGCUUAAGCAGUAAGCGCUUAGACACCCGCUUAGAAGCUCGCUCAGUAAGUAACGUGAUCGAAACAGUUCGGACCGGUCAGACAAAUUCUUCAAUUAAACUAUAACAAUUUCUACAUAAGUUUCUUUAAAAAAUCUUACUCAAAUUCUGACUUAAGUGUGUUAUGACGUGAGUGGUUGACAGUUUAUUAUUGUUUGACGUUUGACAAUGAAUUCCGGAUGAUAAAAAUAAGGGAUGCAGAAACAUGGACGGCUCAAAAAGGGAUUUGUGCAUUGUUGUUUUCACGUUGGCGAUGUGGGUUGCGUCUGUCAGUUCAGAUCACGAGUAUAUGGUGAACAGUCCCGAAAAUGUGAUACUGCCUAUAAAUUUCGAGACACGUUUGACCUGUCAGAUGAACAUAGAGCCUGACAAAUUCUUAUGGAAGUUUUACCCUUUUUCCGACAAGGAUAUGUAUAAUUCCAGAGCAACUAUAGAUCUCAAUACUGCAUCUUAUAUUCUCAUCAACCCAGAUCAUAUAGAAGAUAGAAAAAGUUUUCUGAAUGUCAAGGUGCAGGAUACCCAAAAACGUGUAGCUGGGGACUAUCAGUGCCUUUCCUACUACGGAGCUUCUGUGAUAGCAUCAGUUCCUUCUAGAGUAACCAUAGCCACUUUAGACAAUUUCACCAAAGUAGGGGAGAGAAAAGUGGACGUAGUACCAGGAAAUACCAUUCUGUGGAAAUGUGAAUUGCCAUAUGCGAAUCAAGAUCCCUACGUCGAUUACUUUAAGGAUGUACAGGAGUGUAUACUUGUGGUGCUAGUUUGCCUACGGUAA